ACCGAACAAUAGCCAAUUGACUAGCGAUAAUUCUCAUACUUGCAAAACUUAAACUAGUUUCAGCAUCGGUGUAGUAAAGUGCAUACUCGGGAUAUGCGGAUUCUGUGUGUUAUUGUUAUCCUCCUGCGACUCGGAGCAUUGCGAGAUAUAGCUGCAGAUCAAGAGGGCAGGUCGACGGGAAGUUGGUGGGACGCAGUGCCCCGACUUUUGACUGACAUCGCUACCAUUAAGGCGAACAUACUCACAGCUGCUCCACUUGAAUUGGCCUCCAACGUAAUGGAUGCUGUGUGUUCUUCCACCCUUUUUAUGGACAGAAUCCCUCCGCAAAUCACUCCGGACAUUAGGAAGAUGCAUUUUCAGUACAUGACGCCCUGCCAGAACUACAGUGUUCCUCUGCUGGAGGCCUCGAAGUUGUGGAAGCAUUCUAGGUUCAGCAAAGGACGUAAGGUGGUAGUUCUGGCCACCGGAUGGACCAACACCGUAAACGAAUCCUCGGCCAUUUCAAUGAUCUCCAAGGCAUUCAUGUGUCGUGGCGAUGUGAAUUUUGUGAUUGUAGAUGCAGCUGACUAUGUGGACACCUUCUACUCUUGGUCGGCGCUAAACACGGAUUUAAUUGGCGAGCAUAUUGGAGUUGGUCUGACCCACCUUAUAGAGCUGACCCCACUUCGAAAUAUCCACUUGAUUGGUGGGUUCAUAAAAGAAUACCUAGUUUCUAUAAAUUCUGGUUCCGAUUUCUUUGUAGGACAUUCACUUGGAGCUCACAUUAUGGGCACAGCUGGUCGGACUUUUAAGAAACUUACGGGAAAACUUAUCCCCAGGAUAACUGGCUUGGAUCCGGCCAAGCCGUGUUUCAGGCGGGAAAAUGUCCUGCCAGGACUGACGCGUGGAGAUGCCAAGCUGGUGGACAUAAUCCACACUAACAUUGGUAUUUUGGCCAAGCGUGGACCCCUUGGGGAUGUGGACUUCUAUCCCGGCGGAGCACAUCCCAUCCAGCCGGGCUGCCUAACCAUCGGGUGCUCCCAUACCAGAGCGGUUGAGUAUUUCGCCGAGAGCGCAUAUCCACACCAGGAGAAAAACUUCAUGGGCAACAAGUGCGCUUCUUGGGAUAAGCUCAGAAAACGGGAUUGUUCUGCUGGCAUAGUUUCUCCGAUGGGCUAUAAAAUGAAUCCGCAAGCCAGGGGCAUGUACUACGUAGAUGUUAAUGGUUGGCCCCCUUACGGCCGAAACUCAAGGGAUACUAUUGAUCAUAGAUUAAAAACGUGCUAUCUGUGCCAAAAGUAAAAUUCGCAACAUA